GCGGCGCAGCCAUGGCCGAGGGGCAGAAACGAGCGGGCUUCAGGAAGUUCAAGUUCUUCAAGUUCAAAGGCUUUGGGAGCCUGAGCAGCAUCCCCCGGUCCUUCACCCUCCGGCGUGUGUCCGUAGCCCCCAGGGCUGCUGAGAGCCUGGGGCCGUGUCUCCCUCCUUCCCAUGGCUUCCUGGAGGAGCCCUUUGACAGCACCCAGGAUGAUCUCAACACCAUGCCCAAGAGCCCCGGCCCCUAUGCCCGCUCAUCGGACAUGUACAGCCACAUGGGCACCAUGCCCAGGCUCAACCUGGGCAAGGCAGGGAAGAGCCAGGGCAAAGCCAAGAGUAGCCAGAGCUGCCGGGAUAAUGGGAUUGCCAGUAACAAGCCCCCGCUCGCCUGCUCCAAGAUGUCCAUCACCCCUGAUCCGGGCACAGAUUCACCCUCAGCCGCUGGGCAAACAGAGCAGGAAGAGGAAGAGGCUCAGCCUAUGGACACUCCAGUGCUGACCAGGAUGGACCAGGAGCCUGCAGGGAGCAUCUCCUGCCCCAGGAUGGAGGCACCGAGCCUGGAUCCAAAUCCCAGCCAAACCCUGACCCCUGAUACAGCAGCAGGAUUGGGGACCACUGAUGGGGAUCAAAAGGGGCAAGAGCAUCCCAGCGAGAUCUCCUCAGACAGCCACCACGAUGGCCUGGAGUCCGGCAGCGAAUACGUGAAGUUCUCCAAGGAGAAAUACAUCCUCGAUUCCUCACCGGAGAAGCUUCACAAGGAGCUGGAAGAGGAGCUGAAGCUGAGCAGCACUGACCUGCGCAGCCACGCUUGGUACCACGGCCGCAUCCCACGGGAGGUGUCAGAGAGCCUGGUGCAGAGGAACGGUGACUUCCUCAUCCGGGACUCCCUCACCAGCCUGGGUGACUAUGUGCUGACGUGCCGCUGGCGCAAUGAGCCCCUCCACUUCAAGAUCAACAAGGCGACGGCGAAGCCUGGCGAGGGCCAUGCCCGUGUCCAGUACCUCUUCGAGCAGGAGAGCUUUGACAACGUGCCCGCCCUCGUCCGCUUCUACGUGGGCAACCGCAAAGCCAUCUCGGAGCAGAGCGGGGCCAUCAUCUACUGCCCCAUCAACCGCACCUUCCCCCUGCGCUACCUGGAAGCCAGCUAUGGGCUGGGCAAUGGGAAGCAUGGGGGAGCCCACAGCCCCGCCACGCAGAAAGGGGGGCACAUCAAGAGGAGAAGCAUCACCAUGACUGAUGGACUGACAGCAGACAAGAUCACCAGAGCUGAGGGGUGCCCGAGCAGCGUGUCCCUGCCCCACCACAGAGACAUCAUUCGCAACUGCGCCGUCAGUGUGGACCAGAUCCAAGACCUGCACUCCCCGAUGUCCCCCAUCUCUGAGAACCCAGCAUCACCUGCCUACAGCACAGUUACCCGGCUAAAGCCCCACGCCUGCCAAGCAGCUGGAGUUGCCCCAACCUCUCCAGUCAUAAGAAGGUCCAGUGAGCCCCAGCUGUGCCAGGGGAGCAGCAGCAAAGCCCUGCCAGACCCUGCCCACAGCUCCCACUCGACUCCGUGCCAUGGCUAUGCCCGUGCCUCCCCUUCUCCCUCUGUGAACAGCUACAGCGAGCCGGACACGGGGCACUACUGCCAGCUCCAUCCCACCUCACCCAUGAGCAGGGACCGGCCGGCUCACGACACCAAGCAGCUCCCAACAAAGAGCUAUGUGGAGAGGCUAAAGGUGGAGGAAGGACACAGAGGGACUAUAGAGAACGGCUCCAGGGAAGCAGAGGCGGUGCAGAGGCUGAAGGGAGAGCUGGACUAUGUGGGCUUUGUGCCCCCCACCAUGGAAACAACCUCCUCCUUCAACCCUGCAGCCUUCCAGUCGCUGCUUAUCCCUAUGGAGAACAAGCCUCUGGAGAUGGCUGUGCUCAAGAAGGUCAAAGAGCUGCUGGCAGAGGUGGAUGUGAAGACGUUGGCCAAACACAUCACCAAAGUGGACUGCCUGGUCGCACGGAUACUGGGGGUGACAGCGGAGAUGCAGCGGAUGAUGGGGGUGAGCUCCGGCAUGGAGCUGCUCACCCUGCCCCACGGCCACCAGCUCCGUCUUGACCUGCUGGAACGGUUUCACACCAUGUCCAUCAUGAUCGCCGUGGACAUCCUGGGCUGCACGGGCAGCACGGAGGAGCGGGCAGCCCUGCUCCACAAAACCAUCCAGCUGGCGGCCGAGCUCAAGAGCACCAUGGGGAACAUGUUCAGCUUCGCGGCUGUGAUGAGCGCCCUGGAAAUGACACAGAUCUCCCGGCUGGAGCAGACCUGGAUGGUGCUGCGGCAGCGGCACACGGAGGGCGCGAUCCUCUACGAGAAGAAGCUGAAGCCAUUCCUGAAGAGCCUGAAUGAAGGGAAAGAAGGGCCGCCGCUGACCAACACCACCUUUCCCCACAUCGUGCCCCUCAUGACGCUCCUGGAGCGGGAUGAGGCUCUCACGGACAACCCCGAGCCCUGGGAGGCCAGCGACAGUGGCGUGGAGGUGGUCAUGGCUCACCUGGAGGCAGCGCGGAUGGUGGCUCACCACGGUGGGCUCUACCACACCAACGCGGAGGUGAAGCUGCAGGGUUUCCAGGGCAGAGCGGAGCUGCUGGAGAUUUUCAGCACCGAGUUCCAGCUGCGGCUGCUGUGGGGCAGCCGUGGGGCUGAGAGCAGCCAGGCCGAACGCUAUGAGAAGUUUGACAAGGUCCUCACUGCCCUGUCCCACAAGCUGGAGCCGGCUGUGCGCUUCAGUGAGCUGUGACCCCCAGCUCCCAGCCUGGUCUAUGGGGCGAGGGAUGGGGCCAGGAAUGUGACACAAGGAGAGAUGGCCUGGAAAGGCACUGGGGCACUGGCCAGCAAUACUGAAGCACAGAGAAGGAAAAGGAGGCACCUUCCAUCUCCCAUCCACCUCCUCAGGAUGUGACAAGGGAUGAGGACAGUGUGCAGGCCCCCAUCCAGCCCCAAUGAGGUCUGUGACUACCCCACGCUCCUCACCUCGCCCUUUGGUUUCAUUUCUUUCCAUCCCCAUCCACCCAGAGCCACUGGAUCCCACCUGUAAAUACACUGUGGUCGCUCCGUGCUGUACAGACUCGUGAAGGACAGCUCUCGUUGUACAUAGUCAGGCUCACCCGUUGUCCUGUAAAUACCUGUACAUACCCCAUGGGUUCGGUUCUUACAUACAAUAAACUUUUACGCUGUUCCCCACGGGGA